AUGCCUACCAUUAAUGAUUAUCGAUUUGAGUCAGUCCGUUUGGACAGUUACAAAAUCUUGCCAUAUUUGUGGAAAGUGGAGCCAGAAAAACUCGCAGCGGCUGGAUUUUAUUAUACAGGCGAAAGCGACAAUGUGAAAUGCUUCAUGUGCAACGUAAUAUUAUGUGAAUGGAAACUAAAAGAUGAUCCGUUUGCCGAUCAUCAACGGGAAUCUAGACAAUGUGAAUUUAUUAGAAAUAUUCCAUGCGGCAAUGUACCGAUCGGUACGGAUCCUAGAAGAAUUCCGACACCAAUGUUUAAUAAAGGAAUAUGUAUACUUGAAAAAUCUUUUGAAUCUCAACCGAUGUUUGACCUUCCUUCCAAUCAAAAUUAUGAAAAUCUAGAGGUAGUAGAAAGAGGGGCUUAUUGGUUAGAACAGUUAGUAGGCCAAAAUUCCUUUAAACCGAAUUAUUUAAUUCUAUUUUCCGAGUAUAAUGUUAGAUUAGCAACGUAUGACAAAUGGCCUAAAUCAAAGUCACAAGCUGAAAAACUAGCAGCUGCUGGAUUCUGUUAUUUGGGAUAUAGCGACCAAACAGUAUGUUAUUACUGCGAUGGAAGAUUAAAGAAUUGGGAGCCGAAUGAUGAUCCUUGGGCAGAACAUGCCAAAUGGUUCCACUACUGUCAUCAUCUAAUUAUAAGUAAAGGGACGGAAUUUAUAAACAAUAUUACUGGGACAUCGUACAUCAAAAUAGUAAACAUUUAAUAAAAAAUAGACAAUUUAAAUCAUAAAAUGGAAGAAAUAUGUGAGGAACUUGAUAUAAGUGAGACAAUUAAUAGUGGAAGCUCACAAAAUAUAAUUACUGCUAAAGAACCUAAUACAGAAGUAAGUAGUGUAUCGCAUGAAGCCAGCAGCAAAGAACAGUGA